CCCCCCAGGUCCGGCAACCAUGACCGGCAAAACCGCCCCGGCCGCCUCCGACCCUGCGCCCAAGAAGAAGGCAGCAGCAGCCCCCAAGAAGGCAGCAGCAGCCCCCAAGAAGGCAGAGCCAGCCCCAAAGGAAGAACCGACCCCCCAAAAGGAGGAAUCGGCCCCAAAGGAGGAGCCAGCCCCAGCCCCGGCCGCUGCAGAGCCCCCAGCCCCUGAGCAUCCCCCCCCUGCCGAGCAGCCCCCAGCCCCCGCGGAGGAGCCUGCUCCUGCCCCCGCGCCGGAGGGGACCCCAGCCCCCGAAGGAGGUCUCCCUGCUCCCCCUGCUGAACCCCAAGCCCCAGCCCCUGAACCCGAGAAGCCCAAGGGAGAGCCACCCAGCUGCCCCCUGGCCCUGGCUGUGGAGGAGGUGAGCGAGAAGUCCAUCACCCUGAGCUGGAAAGCCCCGGAGCAGCCAGGCCGGGCAGGCUUGGAUGGCUACCUGGUGGAGAUCUGCAAGGAUGGAAGUACAGAGUGGACAGCGGUCAACAGGGAGCCCUUCCUCUCCACCCGCUACACCAUCCAGGAGCUGGGCUCCGGGCAGAAGAUCCACGUGAGGGUGAAGGCUGUCAACAGCCAGGGGGCCAGCAGCCCUGCCGGCCUGGAGCAGCCAGUCCUCAUCAGGGAGAUCCUCCAGCUGCCCAAGAUCCGGAUGCCUCGGCACCUGCGGCAGACCUACGUCCGGCGUGUUGGGGAUGCUGUGAACCUGAUGAUCCCUUUCCAGGGGAAGCCCCAGCCUGAGGUGGUGUGGAGCAAGGGGGGGCAGCCCCUGGACAGCAGCCGGGUCAGCAUCCGCACCACGGAGCGGGACUCCGUCUUCUACAUCCGCAGCGCCCAGCGGCAGGACUCCGGCACCUACGAGCUGAGCGUCCGCGUCCACGGCGCCGAGGACAAGGCCACCCUGGACAUCAGGGUGAUAGAGCCCCCAGGCCCCCCUGAGAACCUGAAGCUGGUGGAUGUGUGGGGCUUCAACGUGGCCCUGGAGUGGAGCCCUCCAGCAGACAAUGGCAACUCUGACAUCAAAGGCUACUUAGUGCAGAAGUCAGACAAGAAGAGUGGGAAGUGGUUCACGGCCCUGGAGCGCUGCUCCCGCACCAGCUGCACCAUCUCCGACCUCAUCAUCGGCAACUCCUACUCGUUCCGCGUCUACGCCGAGAACGCCUGCGGGCUGAGCGAGCGGCCGGCCACGGCCGCGGGGCUGGCCCACAUCCACAAGACAAAAACAACUUACCAGCCAGAGAAGUUCCCCCAGAGGGAGAUGAUGGAGCCUCCAAAGUUCACCCAGCCCCUGACAGACCGAACCACCACCCGGGGCUACAGCACUCACCUCUUCUGCUGCGUCCGAGGCUUCCCCCAGCCCAAGAUCAUCUGGUUGAAAAACCAGAUGGAGAUCCGGGAGGACCCCAAGUACAUCGCCCUGAUCGAGCAGGGGGUCUGCUCCCUGGAGAUCCGCAAGCCCAGCCCCUUCGACGGCGGCAUCUACACCUGCAAGGCUGUCAACCCCCUGGGGGAGGCCUCGGUGGACUGCAGGCUCGAUGUCAAAGUGCCCAAGUGAGAGCAGAUCAGAGGGCCAGAGGA